AUGGAUAAUGAGAAUACCAAAGAUGUAGCACGCACUCGGAAACCACGUAAAGGACGUAAGCCAUGUUUUUGGAAAUGCUUCAAAAAAGCAGUUACUGAUAUUUGGAAUUUACGAAGAUCUUUUGGAAAUUUUCUAAAAAGAGUUAAAAAAAUACUUGCUCAGACUUUUUCACCUUGGUUCAGAAAUUCUGAAGAAACUAUUACCAAACGGCGAAUUCCAAAAAAGCAAAGUGUAAAUAAUAAAAUGAUUACGGGACAAAAAUGUCACAUUGAAAAUAAACAAGCGUCAUCUACGUGUCACUCUCAGAUAUUUCACAUGAAGGAAGUGCCUAUUAACACAAAAUGUAACAUUGAUACUGCCCAUCAUAUCAGUGAUAGUGCGCAGUCAUCUGAUGAUAGUUUCAAAGCAUCUACUAAUGUAAUCAGACGGAGAAAUAUUGAAAGCAAAAAAAUUUCAGCUAAACGAACUUCACGUAUAUCACUUUCAGUCAAUGACUGCACAACAAAUACUGAUAUUGAUAUCAACAAAAAAGAUUUGAGCGAAAAUCUCAGAAAAACUUAUAAUGGUGCGGAUGCAAAUAUUGUAUCGAAAAAAACUGCCGAUAAUAUCAAAGAUUACUUGCAUGAAAAUAUGAAAGAUGAAAAUAAAUUAGACUGUCUCCCAACAAAUAUAUUAGAUCAAACUGACCGCAACACGAAUGGUAAUCUUUUAUAUUCUGCUUGUGAUUAUAUUGCAUUCUACGCAGCAUAA